GGAACCCUGCUGCAGGAGCAGAGCGAGGCGUCUAGUUCUGCUGCGUGGAGCUGUGAGAGCUGUGCGCUAAGAAAAGCAGCCAUGGAAAUCAGUGAAAACUCAGUGGAUUCAAAAUCCAUUAAAAAUUUCGAAACGAAGAUUAUACAUGGGAGUAAAUCAAUGGACUCUGGGAUAUCCUUGGACAGUAGUUACAAAAUGGAUUAUCCUGAAAUGGGCGUAUGCGUGAUAAUCAAUAAUAAGAACUUUCAUAAGAGCACUGGGAUGGCUGCCCGGUCUGGGACAGAUGUAGAUGCAGCAAACCUCAGAGAAACAUUCAUGGGCUUAAAAUACGAAGUUAGGAAUAAAAAUGAUCUUACACGUGAAGAAAUUGUGGAAUUGCUGCACAAUGUUUCUAAAGAAGAUCAUAGCAAAAGAAGCAGUUUUAUUUGCGUAAUUCUAAGCCAUGGUGAAGAAGGAGUAAUUUAUGGAACAAAUGGACCUGUUAACCUGAAAAAAUUGACAAGUUUCUUCAGAGGAGAUUACUGCAGAACUCUCACAGGAAAACCCAAACUUUUCAUUAUUCAGGCCUGCCGGGGGACAGAACUGGACUGUGGCAUUGAGACAGACAGUGGCAUUGACGAUGACAUGGCGUGCCAGAAAAUACCAGUAGAGGCCGACUUCUUGUACGCAUAUUCCACAGCACCUGGUAAGAAAUUUACAAAUAAUGAAUGUUAUAUCGAAAUUUUUUAGUGAAUUACAUUGUGCCUAAUUGCAGAAUUAAACAAAAAUGAGUAAGGUGUUCAGAAACUAUCAAGAUCUCGAUAUUGCUAAAAAGUAGCUGGCUGGUCUAUGUUUUAGAGUACCAUAACACAGAGAAAUCUCGUAACAGUGCCAUUCAUGAGCUUAAUACACUGC